AUGAGUCUUGCGACCACGGCGUCCCUGCAGCGUAUUGCCGAGACGCCGGAGCGGACCCGUAAUUUUUGCAUGGUGGCUCAUGUGGAUCACGGCAAGACCACACUUAGCGACUACCUGGUUGCAAGCAACGGUAUCCUCUCUUCGCAGCUCGCUGGCAAGGUGCGCCUGCUCGACUCCCGCCCAGACGAGCAGGAGCGAUGCAUCACGAUGAAGGCCAGUUCCAUCGCGUUGCGGCACAUCUACAAAGGGGCAGAGCAUCUUUUGAACCUUGUGGAUUCACCUGGGCACAUUGAUUUCUCAUGUGAAGUGUCCACAGCAAUGCGGUUGUGCGACGGCGCCGUCAUUAUUGUUGACGUGGUGGACGGUGUGACCCAACAGACAAGCAGCAUGUUGCGCCACGCACAUCGUGAGGGUUUAUCGAUGUGCCUUGUACUCAACAAGGUGGAUCUUUUAAUCACUGUGCAACAGCUUACUCCGGAGGAGGCGUAUUACCGAAUGCGUGCUAUUGUGGAAUCCUGCAACGCCGCACUCGCUGCAUUUGCCAAUCAACUCAAGAUUCAGGAAGAGGAGGAGGAGACGCUUAUGCAUCAAAAUCGUGGGGACCCCAGCGAUGAUGUAUGGUUCUGCCCCACGAAGGGAAACGUGAUAUUCAGUAGCUGCUACGAUGGAUGGGCCUUUAGUACCAACUUUUUUGCCUGUCUCUACGAACCCAAAUUGGAUAUGCCCAACCUGCAUACAUCGCUGUGGGGAGAUUAUUACCUUGAUGUCAAAACAAAGACAAUACAUACAACUCCACGGCGAGCUGGACAGCAGCCGCUGGCAGUGCAAUUAAUGCUGGAACCUAUUUGGAAGUUAUACCAUGCAUUUCUUGAAGAAAAAGAUAAUGUGGAGCAGCAGUUACAUAUGGCUGCCAAAUUGGGGGUUUCAGAGCGUCUGUGGAAUAACCCGCGACGAGACUUGCGAGGGAAAUUAACAGCGUUGCUCUCUUCGUGGCUUCCACUUGCUGAUUGUGUGCUAAACGUUGUUUGUGAAAAGUUGGAUUCCCCUGUUGUGGCGCAACGUCGUCGAGUGCCCUUCCUUAUUCCGCGAUUUGCUGACGCCCCGAUGCACAUAAAAGAAGCGUUGAUGAGUUGCUCAGCCAGCCCUGGUGCACCAUGCAUUGUGUAUGUAUGCAAGCUCAUUGAUACGCAGUUUCUUGUGGGCACAACGAUUGGGCAAGAGGAAGAUGGGGAUCAUGCAUUUAUUGGAUGUGCCCGCGUCUACAGUGGCCGCCUUCGACCUGGUCAGAGGGUGUACGUCCACAGUGAUGACAAGAUUGUGGAGGGGACUGUGGGUAAGGUGUUUGUUUUUCGCGGCACAGGCUUGGAUGAGGCGACGGAAGCCUGUAGCGGGACACUGUGCGGUGUUGGAGGUCUCACCUCCUGCAUCACAAAGUACGCCACACUUUCAACGAUAGCAGGUGUGCCGCCGUUUAAGCCCCUUGUGUUGCCGAGUACAUCCAUCUUGCGCGUCUCCGUCUACCCAAAGGAUCCGAAGGACCACUUCGAGUUGGUAAAGGGACUGCGGCUGUUGUACAAGGUUGACCCACAAGUGGAGGUGAGCAUACUCCCUACUGGGGAGCACGUGAUUGGUGCUGCCGGAGAGGUGCAUUUGGAGCGAUGCUUAAAAGACCUUGAGGAAUCUUUUACUCGUGUGCAGAUUUUGGCGUCUGAGCCCAUUGUCUCGUUUAGAGAAACCCUUGCGGGCGGUGGUGGGAAUACGAAGCUCAAGCUGCAUACGGGUUCAACCGCCGAUGGUGCCUUCUCUAUCACCUUACGCGCUCGUUGUCUGCCUCCGGAGGUGUUCGACAUACUGAAAGAUGACUGCAUGAAUCAUGGCUCCAACACCCAGGUGCUUCGGCAGGUGGAGGCUGCAUUAAAGGCAAACAAGCGUUGGGCGGCGGAGAUGCAGCACGGGAUUGUUGCCUCGGGCCCGACAAAGCUGAAGUUUCUUGGUGCACUCAUGCUGCUCCAGUUUGGCGAUGAAGGUACUGCGUUGGAAAAAUUUCAGCUAUUUGAGAGCUGGAAGGACAGCAUCAUAGCUGGGUUCCAGGCGGCGGCCGAGAGUGGCCCCAUGGCACAGGAGGCCUUAUUGAACGUCGCGUUUGUUGUAACGGAUCUUUCAGUGGACGCCACCUCCGGUCUGACAGGUGGGAUGGUGCUGCCGUGCGUGCGAGACGCCUGCCGUGCGGCGAUGGAGCUGCACCCGCGGCGUCUCGUGGAGCCUGUGUAUGAGUGCACAGUGUACUCCUUUGGAGCGACGCAAGGGAGAAUUUACGGGUCUCUUAGUCGUCGUCGCGCGGAGAUUAUUGAGGAGGUCCCCAACGAAGGCAGUGAUCUCUUCUACAUCCGAUGCCUAUUACCUGCCGUGGAGGCGUUUGGCCUGCAGGAUGAGUUGCGCGUCAUCACGCAAGGGGCCUCGACAGCGCAACUUCAAAUGAGUCUGUGGAGCAUCGUAGACGCGGAUCCGUACUUCACACCGACAACGAAGGAAGAAAUUGAGGAGUAUGGCACUGAGAUGGGGACGAAGAACAUCGCGGAGCAGUUGCUGGAGCGUAUUCGCCGCCGCAAAGGGCUUUACCGCGAACGGGUUGUGGAAAAUGCGGAGAAGCAAAAGUUUUCUCUCAAGGGGGCUUGA